GUGCCGGGUCCUUGAAUUUAAUUAUAUUUUUCACAAAGAAAGGAAGAAGCUUCCAGAUUGAGGAAGCCGCCGACUUGGUUUCAUCUCUCUCUCUCUCUCUCUGUCUCUACUGCGGAUCCGAGCUACAAGGCGCAGAGAGUGCAAGAGCUUGCGGCUGCGCACCUGUUUAAUUUUUGUUUGGGGUUUUUCUCUUUUCCUCGACGCUCUGAGUUUGAUUCGACUUAAUGAAAGCAGAAAAAAAGAUCGUAGAGCCACAAGGUUACUGCGAGUUGAAAAUGAGCAAUUCUGUGGGAACCUCUUCUAAAGUCAGAGCUGGAUCAUCACAGCCAUCAGAUACUUCAUUUAAGCGCAAACGAGGGGUCUUUCAAAAAGAUUUGCAGCACAUGAUGUAUGGUUUUGGAGAUGAUCCCAAUCCACUUCCAGAAACCGUGGCACUUCUAGAGGACAUUGUUGUGGAGUAUGUUACAGACUUGGUGCAUAAGGCUCAAGAUACUGCAUCGAAAAGGGGAAAACUUCUAACUGAAGACUUCCUGUUUCUGAUUCGCAAGGACUUGCCAAAACUUAACCGCUGUACCGAACUGCUGUCUAUGAAUGAGGAGCUGAAACAAGCAAGGAAGGCUUUUGAGGUAGAUGAAGAAAAGCUAGCGACAUUAGAGUGAUAUGGAUGUAAGAAAUUGAAGAGGAAAAGGAAUGUGCAGAGAAGAAAAACCCAGAAAAAAAGAGAAAUGUUCUCUGCAUAUAUAAAAAAAAAUAUUGUAUGCUCUGUGUUACAAGGGACUCGUAUAUAUACAAUUGCAGAAAGGAAUCUUCUAACA